AUGCCUAUGUAUGCCCAAGGACUAAGAGCAGAUCGGGACCUCAUCAGUAUGCUCGCGAUCUCGCCAGCACGCCCACGUGUCGCGCGCCAAGUUCUGCAGCCCACUGCCUGCGCCGCGAAGGAUCCCUUACCACACAGUCCCGCCAUCGCUGGUGUCUCACCACGCGGCCUCGUCGUCGCCGCUCACGGAGGACCAUCAAUGCUCACUCCUUUGCCGGUUCAUGUAGCCUCGCCAACCGCCGUCGCCUUAUCCCGUCAUCACUCAUCCGGUCUCAAUCUCAGUCAGUACUCACAGGCCGAGAAGCCGAGAAGUCGAGAUGCCAAGACCAGCCACGGGCCGUUCCCCGAUUGGCCACCAAUUUCGGGACUUGACGGCCACGCCGUCGUUAGACAGAUCCUAGAGGUGCUCGAUUUCCCGCAGACACUCAGCCGGGCCCCGUUAGCUGCUGAUUACUUCAAGCCGAGCUCAACGGCUUUCGCAGGCCGCCAACACCGUCAGUUCAUCCAACCCUCCGCCCGCAAGCCUCCGAUCAACCGCUUCCGAGCACUGCCGGCGACACCAACGCCGAGAGCACAGCCGAGGAGGAGCACGCCGCCGAGAAAUCCCCACCGCGAGGCCAAACCGCAGCGGCCCAUCGUGAGUGCCAGCCCUCCGCCACCCGCUUUAACCGUCGGCAUCGAUUCCCCGUCUGACGGCCAGCCACGCAAGGUUCGAUCACCCGCUGAGUUGGACCUCCGACGCCGCCGAGUCCACAUCCGACGAUCAACCACGAUGAUUCCGGCCGUUCUUUGA